UGCCAGCCUGCAGCAUCCCUGCCACCCUGCAGCAUCCCUGCCGUCCUGCCGCCCCGCUCCUCCCCGCCGCAGCUCCGGCAGCAGCCCGGGACCAGCCGCCUCUCCUGCUGCCCGCCACAGCCCGGGCACGGCCGUGCCCCGCCUCAGCACCUGCCACCCGGCAGGGGAAUGCCAUGGGACACCUGGGCAGCCCCCAGCCACCCUCCGACAGCACGGCAGCGAUUUUGAAGAAUUCCAUUUUCUUUUUCAGCGCCUUUGCUGUUCAUUGUUGCCUGGCUUUUUGAGAGCAUGAGUUCUGGUCGUUAGGGGUGCUGCCACCUGAAUAUUUCUUCAUCAGAUGCCACAGAAGAGAGUCUAGGAAAACAAAGAAACUUGUGAUGUGGAGCUGACAGUUCUGGUUUCAGCUUGCAGAAUCAGAGAGAAAGCAAAGGAAAAAAAUGCCCAGGACAAUGCCGGUAACUCCUGGUAAUUUGUCACUCAACGGGACGAGCUUCUUGGCUGACAAUCACAGCACCAUGGACAAGCCCAGCGAGCAGAGAACUUGGAAUGUCUUUCUGUUCUGCUCGACUUUUGCCAUUGCACUCCCAGCCCUUCUGGGCAGCAUUUAUGCACUCGUUUCCCUGCUGAAGCUGCAGAAUAAAACCACGGUUUCGAUGAUUGUCACCUCCCUGGCAGCAGACGAUCUGAUCAGCAUCGUGCCAGUGAUUAUUUUCAUGCUCAUGCAGUGGUCGAGCGAAGUCCUCCCCCAGCCUCUGUGCACCACCUCAGCGUUUAUGUAUUUAUUCCAGGGCAUUUCUAGCAACCUGAAAGGCUCUCUUAUAGUUUCUUACAACUUCUACACUCUGCACACGGCCGGGACGCGGAGCCGCAGCUCCCCGGAGCGCCGUGGGAGUGUGGCGUGGGCCAUCCUCAGCAUCUGGACUGUCAGCGGGCUGCUGUGCGCUUUGCCUCUGUGCGGCUGGGGCAGCUACACCCGCACGUCCUGGGGCUGCUUUGCCGACCGGGGCAGCUCGCAGGUGCUGCUGCUGCUGGCUGUGUACUCGCUGUGCCUCUCGCUGCCGGCAGCGCUGGCUGCUCCCCUGACCCUGCGGCUGCUGUGCUCGGGAGAGCCGCGGCCCCCCUGCCCCGGGACCUCGGGGGGCUCGGGGGGCUCCGCCCGCCCCGGGACCCCGCGGGGCUGCGCCGCUGCCGCCCCUCCGCCGCCACCGCCCGAGCCCGGGGAUAAAACCCCGGAGCCUUUCCAAAACUCACAGGUGGAUUUUGGGGAGGGUGUGGCGGAGAGCAGCGCACAGAGCAGGAGCUUCACGGUGGGCUUUGCCCAGAAACGAUUCUCGCUGGUCCUGGCACUGACCAAAGUCCUUCUCUGGCUGCCAAUGAUGACACAGCUGGCUGUCCAGUACAUGACUGGGCUGCAGAGCCUUUCUUUUGAGACACUGAGCUUCCUGCUGACGGCGCUGGCUGCCACAGUCACCCCGCUGUUUGUCCUGUCACAGCACUGGCUGCACCUGCCCUGCGGCUGCAUCAUCAACUGCAGGAGGAGCUCCUCUGCAGGGUCUCCACAAGAUGCCAAAACCAAGCGCAGCGGUUUGGAGUUCAACCUGUCGUUCCAGGAGGGCUGUGGGAUCUACAGGAUAUCCCUGGCGAGCCCUGCCUGCGGGCAGCCUGGCAGAGGCAGUGCCAGCCCCGGGGCGCCAGGGCAGGGCUGGCAGGGCACCGCUGCUGCCAGCCCAGGGCCGUGCCAGGGCCAGCAGGGCUCCCAGCCCUCGGCGUGCCCUGCGGGAGCAGCGUGGGGACUGUCCCACCAGCACGGCCACCCGCCCGCCCUCUCGGACUGGGACUGGUGCCGCAGCAAAUCCGAGAGGAACCCCCGGCAGCGCACGGCUGGGGCCCUGGCCAUGCCUCUCUGCGCCUUCCAGGGCACCGUGUCCCUGCAGGCCCCCACCGGCAAAACGCUCUCCUUGUCCACCUACGAGGUGAGCUCCGAGGGGCAGAAGAUAACCCCGGCGGCCAAGAAGAUGGAGGUGUACCGCUCCAAAAGCGUCGGGCACGAGCCCAGCGCGGCCGAGCCUCGGGCCACGCUCGCCGACACGAGCGUGAAGAUUCACCUGGAGGUGCUGGAGAUCUGCGCCAACGAGGAGGCCCUGGACACCGUGUCCAUCGUCAGCAGCAUCAGCCAGUCCUCGGCGCAGGCACGCUCGCCCUCGCUGCGCUUCUCGCGCAAGGAGAACCGCUUUGUGAGCUGCGAGCUGGGCGACAGCGCCUCGUACUCGCUGCGCAUCCCCUCGCCCAGCCCCGGCUGCGGCCUCAGCAUCUCCAUCCCCGACACCGUGGAGGCUCACCGGCGCAACAGCCAGCAGCAGCGCUGGGCCGGGGCUGGGCACCAGGAGGAGAUCCAGCUGCUGAACAAAGCCUACCGCCAGCGCCAGGAGCCGGGCAGCAGCUAGAACAGGCCUUCCAGCUCCACGCUGCUGCUGCUGCUGCUCUGCCAGACAGCGCUGCCCGCGCCCCCGGGACCCAGCAAAUACAGCAUCAGCUGGUUCUUUGCCUAGCGUGCAGAUUUUAUUUAGGUGCACUUUGAAUCAGUUCAAACUGUUAGUGCUGUAUCAAGGGGAUAACAAAUACUCAAGUGCUUUACAGCUUUCUAUGGUGGAUUUUAAGUUAUUUAUAUACCUAUUUAUUUGAGGCACACAUGUGUCUAAAGGGAAUCCUAAAUAAAAUCUUAAACCCCA